AUGGGCCGUAAGGAAAAGCGAGCCGCGGCUGCGGCCGCUGGCUCCACCUCCAGCGGGCCCACCAUCUCCUCCUCGUAUGUGUUUGUUCCUUCGUUCAAAUGGCAGAUGUCUUGCUUUCUUGUUUGUCCCCGCUCAACACCACCCGUGCUGUAUCUGCUAAUGCGCAGGCAGCCACACAAGCGCCGUGGCUUGUUUACCCUGCGUCGCGCACCGCGCAUGGCUGGCACCUCCCGCGAGCAACAACAACACCAGCAUCAAGUGCAGCACCACGAGCAGCCAUCACAGCUGCCGCCCCAGGUGCGGCAGCUAAGCAAGGCCACCCGCAAAGGUACUUCCAAUAAAGGCUCGUCCCGCCACAUCCAUUUCGCCGAUGAUGUGGAUAUUCAGGACCAAGCCAUGGCCGAUGGCUUCUUGCCGUCGCUCUCCAACAACUCGGAUGACCUGGGCCUGGGGGACUGGGCAGCUGCGGCCUUUGAGUGGGAUACAACCGAUGUUACCCUCUCCACCAGUCGCGGGCUUCACUGGCUCCAAAAACUGGGCGUGGUCUCGCGGCACUUUCGUCCAGAAGACCUUGAUUCAACGCAGCGCCGUGUCAUUGACGACAUCAUGUCCAAAUUGCACCAGAACAACAUUGACGAAAGUGACAUUGAGCGGCACGGUGAGGAGCGUCGGCCGUCUGGACGGUUGGACAUGGCGGCGGCAGCGGCGGUGGCUGCUUCCUCACCCGUGCAUACAACUUCCCCGCUACGCGUGGGGACAAGCAUGAGCGGUUUACCUUCUAGCCAGACAGGCAGUUUUCGCGCGGCCACGCUUAGCACUUUCCAGAUCGAGAAGCAGGCCUACGAGGACACGAUUCCCAUCACUGAAGGACGGGCACGAACUCGCAUCGAGCCGAGUCAGGUGGCAGCAGUCACCCACCGCCUGGCCCGGGCCUGGGCAGUGGGUGCCACUCCGCUCCAGAUCAAUGAGCUGCUUGAUCGUGAAAUUCAGCAGCUGCUGCUCAUGUCGCGUGCACGGUUGCAGGCAGAGAUUGUAUCUUUGCGUCACGAAAAUCGUAGCAUGCGCCACGCGCGCACUGGGCAGACCGAGCUGGGGCGUGCAUUGGCCGCUGAAAAGUCCCUGACGGCCAAGCUGCAAAGUAUUUGUGAUGAGCGCGACCAACAGGUGGAGGCUCUGACGCGCGAGCUGCGUCGUGCCAACGACGAGCUUUCCGUGCUACGAGCCGCAGCGCCUGCUCGCCAGUCCACAAAGGCCCAGGAGAAAACAAGCGAGCCGGAAGGUGCCAAGGAGGCACUCGGCGAGGGGCAGUCUGCAAGCGAGGCAGAGCAAAACCAGCGCGUGCUUGAAUCUAGCUUGGAGGAUGACCUUGUUUCACCAACAUCUCCCACAUCUGGACCACGCUUCUCUUUUUCAGCGCAUGGAUCGGACGCGGCCAAGGCAGCCCUAUUGACCACGGAGCCCUUUGGCCUUCGUCGUGCGUCAGUGCGCUCGGCUUUUUCCGAGCAGAUGUUCUCCAUGGGGUCGCAGACCUCGCUUCUGCAACAAAAACAGUCGAUGCUUUUGAGUGACCGAACACCCGACCGCGUCUCGGCCACGUCAUCUUUUCGCAGCUCGCACGCCGCCAUGAAUGAUUCGUCGCGCCUGGACGAGGUCCUACAUGAGCAUGGUGUGCCCAAGAGCUACCGUGGCAACAUUCUUUCCCACGUGCGUCGGAGCGGGCGUCGCAAGUCCCCCUUGACCACGCCGAGCAGCCUGGCUACCGAUGGUGUCUUGGUUUAG